AUGUACUAUGACGUCGGUGCCCUAGUCGCCAUGCAAGAGGGCUGUCCAGUUUUAUUACAAUCAGAAGUUGGUGUCCACCAAUGUGACCCUUUAGGUCCGGCUUUGUUUGCGCUGACCAUCCAUCCAUCUCUUGUCAAUCUGCAGAACAUCUAUCCCGAAAUCCAAGCUCUUGCAUACUUGGACGAUGUCUUCUUGGUGGGUGCUCCCACUGAUGUGAUCAAUGCAUUCAACUGUCUGUCUGUUUGCUUACAGGAGCUAGGCUUGAACAUCCGUCAUGACAAAUGUGAUCUUUAUUGUCCAGAUUUAAACAUCUCUAUCCCAGACUGUCCAGUCCCUGUCAAGUUCGAUGGCAUUGCUAUUUUGGGAUUGCCAAUUGGUACAGCAAAUUUUGUCUCCAGUUAUUGCUCUUCAUUUGCUGAUUCUGGUAACUGUCUGUGUGAUCAAUUGGUUGCCUUGAAUGAUGUACAAAGCGCUUCUUUGCUGCUUCGGUACUGUCAUGUGCCUCGCCUGAACCAUUUAGCCACAACUGUUUGUCCUAGUCUGCUGUCAGAGACAACUGAAAUUCACGAUCUGCAAACUCGCUCAGUCUUCUUCAAUUUGUUAUCCUAUGAUCACCUCAGUGAUUCCGUGUGGUGGCAGGCUUCUCUACCCAUCCGUCUGGGAGGUUUUGGUCUGUCCUCAGUCAAGUCUGUUUCACCUUGUGCCUUCUUGGCUUCGUGGGUUCAGGCUCUUGUUUGCUUGCUUAUACGAUUUCCCAAUUUGAAGUCAUUUAUAGACUCCUUUCUUGCAAGUCCAUCAGAAUUUCCUACGGGUAUUGUGUUAAGCAGCCUCAUUCCUGCUGCCAGUAAGUUGUCAGAUUACCUUCCAGAAAACAACAAGCUCCAAAAGAAGUUAUCUUCUGAGUUAGCUGAAUCUUUACUCAGCAACGUUCUGAAAGCAUCUGUUUCGAUGAGGGAUGCUGCUCGUUUUUGUUCUCUAACCAGUAAAGGUGCGGGUGCCUGGAUUAGUGCGGUUCCUUCCUCUGCAUGCUUCACAAUUGACUCUUGCGUAUAUCGAUCGCUUGGCGUGGAAGCUGAGGUUAGGUUUGCCGGUUUGCUCAUCCGAAUGGUUAAGAUCAUGUGAAUGUGGAGCUGCUUUGGAGGAUACUGGAUGUCAUCUUUUGUCUUGUAAAUUCGGUGGAGGGCCCAUUUGGUGCCAUGAAUCUAUUGCAGAGGUUUGGGCGGAUUGUCUCAGGGAGCUUCGCUUACCGUGCAGAAAGGAACCUAGGCAUCGGUAUUCUAACUCUGAAGAUAGGCCUAAUAUUGUGUCGUUGGAUUCAUCAUCUGGCCUGGGAAUUGAUCUGGAUAUCUCGCUGGCACACCCAUGGAGUGGCGAGGUGUUCCCAUCAUCUGCUAAAAUUGACUGUCCAGCGGCGAAAUGCAGAGAGGAGAAGAAGAAUUCGAAAUACAAGGGUCAGAGGCUUCCAGAUGGUGAGCAAGUUAUCUUGAAGCCGCUGAUACUCGAACAUUUCGGUAGAUGGGGCGAGGAGGGGAAAAUUUCUUCAGUCACUCGCUUUGCGUUCACGGGAUGAAUCUGGUCGGCUCAACACUGCCGAGUUCCUAGACUACUGGAGAAAGAGAUUCAGCGUACAAUUGCAACGGUGUUGUUGCUGCGUAAUCCAGCACAAGAUGUCAUCAUCGUGCUAGAAGAUUGCUUGACAUACUGUUGUUCGUCUUAGUGUAGUUUAGCCUUAGCUUUUGUUGCUUUUGUUUUGUUUUGUUCUUGUUGUUUGCAGUAGUGUUAUAUUUGGAACUGUGAUUGUUUCUAGUUUUAGUUGUUUUAAGUCCUGGUAUAUGUUUGUUAGCUUGUUGUCGUUUUAAUGUUCAAUUAUUUGAAGAAUAUAAUACCUUUGACAGACAGACAGACAGAAAGACAGAAUGACGGACAGACUGACAGACUAUUGCAAGGAAACUAUCACGCCGUUUAUCUAUGAGCUCUAGUAAUGUAAAGAACUAUCAUACUCAAUUUUACAGUUUUGUGAGGUGUAAUGACCCUACCCUAUUGAGUCUCUGGAAGAUUAUAAAUAGUUUUGGUUGUAAUAGCAUUAAUAUAUGAAAAAGACAGACAGAUGGACAGACAGGGACAUCCAAAGUAGUGCACUAUAGAUUGAAAGUAUGUAUUUCGAACUAUAGAAUUUAGUGAUAGAAAUGGUAGGUAAAGUUUGCAUUUUAUAAAGUUUGACAGACACAGACAGACAGACGGACUUUUGUUAGUGGUGUAGCAUUUUACUGUAGUUGCGUUGUUGUUUACAAUAAUUUAAAUGUUCUUUGACAGAGACAGACAGACAGACAGAUACAACUGGCACAGUAAAGAGACUGAUGUUUUAACUACGUGUCGAAAGUGACUUUGAUAGUAAGAACAUGGUGUUCAGUGGUAUGGCCAUCUACGACUAGUAGGUGAAACUGCUACCUGAAUUAAGCUGAUACUUUAAAUGUUUUAGUCGGGCACAGGGAAGUUUUUCAUAUAAGUUUUAAAGAACACAUUACUAUGUAGUAUUAAGUGCAAGAUUUCCAAGCAGUGUACACUAUAGAAUUGACAGGGGGGGUUCAGUAAACAAUAGACUGGUGGUUGAACAGAGGCAACAGACUGAC